AUGCUAACUUUUCUCAAUAAGCAAACAAGAUUUUUUAGUUUUUAAAAAUGAUAUUAUGCGUUGCAUAAAUUUCUUAUAGGCAUUAUACGCUCCAUUUUCAUAUGAAAUUUCAAACUAUGAAUUUGCCGCACUAAAAUCUGCGUUUUGAAACGCAUAUUUGGUUUUCACAUACCAAAUUCAAAUUGACAUGCAUAUGCAUGAUAAGAAAUUAUUGCAAUGCAUAAUACAUAAUUAAUAUCGUGCAUUAUAAAUAUUUAGGCACCAGUAUAGACCCUUACCGGAUGGCCAGUUUUGUAUCCCAAACUCUGAAAAUACGAUGCUAGCUGUCAGUAAUAGCAGUAUACUGAUCCCCAAAUAUUUAUAAGGCAUGAUAAUUAUUUAGUCCUAUUAAAUUUGAGCAGCUUGUAUUUUAAUACACAUAAAUUCAUGACUAAUAAGUUUUUCCUUUUUUACAAAUGGGAUUUAAUAAAUUUCGAAAAAUUUGAUUCUGAGCCUGAUAACAACUUACUCGAUCAGGGAGUAAGAAUAGACAAAGAAUGCAUGUGUCCAGUUUGUCUUGAUAUUCUUAGAGAUCCGAUUAUCUUAAGCUGCUCUCAUAAUCUCUGUUAUGAAUGUGCUUCACAGCUUAUUACUGUGAUUAGCCUCAGAGAAAAAGAUGUAAUCUCUAUAUAGUCAAAAGUUUUCUCAUGCCCAAUAUGCAGAGGCUGCACAUUUCUGACUUCGCUUUCUCCUGAAUGUUUGCCGAAAAACAUAGUGCUCAAGAACAUAAUUGAAAACUGAAAAACAGCUCAAGAGCCGUCUUCCCAUAUCCUUUGUCAACUUUGUGUAGAAAACCCAAAGUAUGCUACAAGUGAAUGCAUUACCUGUGAAUCUACCCUCUGCCAAGACUGCUCUGUUUCCCACCUAUCGAAAUCCAGGUUUGCACAUCAUAAAAUCCUUCAUUUAAGUAAAGUAAAACAAGAAUUAUGCAUGGAGCAUCAUUUAGAAGAAGAUCUAUUUUGUAUGACAGACUGUGUAAAAUGCUGCAUGAAAUGUGCCCAAUUUUCAUCACUCCACAACGGUCAUACCAUUCUGACCAGAGAAGACGCCAAAGCUAGGCUUGCAGCUGAAAUAAUCCAAACCAAAGAAACUCUUCCCCAGAUCUACCAAAGAAUCACCCUAACAAAAGACGAAAUCAAGCGUCAAUUUGAAGAACUUGUAGAGCAGCAACAAAAAAACACCAACGAAUUAGACGAGGUCUGCAACCAAUUAAAUACUAAAGUUGAAGCCAUUCGGUCCAGCACAAAAUCAAAAAUCUGCAAAAGCUAUGAAACUUUAAAACAAAAUUUAAUUGAAAAAGUCGUCACACUGGAUGGGGUACAAAAACAAGCACAAGAGCUGUCAAAUUUGACAGAUGAUUUGUCGCUUUAUCAAAAAGCUAAAGAACUUUCGACUAUUGACCCACAGCUGAUUAUUGGGGAAAAGCCAGAAGUGAUUUUACAAUUUAAAAAUCAAAGCGCGCUGAAUAAUUUGUUAGAGUCUCUCUGCACUUUGGAGCUAAAAACUUCAGAAAUUGUAGAAAGCAAUAAGCUGUAUUAUUUAAGCCGAGGGAGCAAGGAAUAUGUGCGCUAUGAUUUAGAAAGCCAAAGAACUUCUACUAUGUCUAUAAGGUCUGCUGAAAUAAUACCUAGAUGGUCUGGGUUUGUAUUAUUGCCGAAUGGGAAUAUUUUAAUUACAGGAGGAAAACCAAGCAAAGAGUCAGGCGCAAAAUUGACUGCUUUUUAUUUGAACCCAGAAACAGGUGAAACUACACCAGCCCCGAGUAUGAUAAAUGGGCAUUCUUCACAUAUCUGCUUGUUAAUAAACAAUGAAGUGUAUGUUCUUUCAGGGAAAAAUGAAAUAAAGGAUACCAAAUUGAGCUUACGGUCUAUUAUUUUAUAAUGAUUUAUUAUUAAUUUAACCUAUGACAGUAUAAUCAAACCCUUAACCAUUGUGAAGUUUUAAAUUUAGCCACCCAAAACUGGCGAAGCAUUGCUAGUAUGGCAUACGGAAGAACCUGCGCAUCAGGAGUCCACAUCAAAAACUGUAUUUAUGUAUUCGGAGGCUAUCAAACUACAGUCAACAACACAAUUGAGCGAUACUCCAUAGAAUCUAACAACUGGCAGCUCUUGCCUACAAUUCUUCCUGACAAGCUGUGGCAGCAUGGCUGCUACGCUCUUGACUCCUCUCAAAUUUUGAUUUUCGGUGGAGAAGGCCCUAGCGAUGAGCCACAUAGGAUGUCUUAUGUCUACAAUACAAUAACAGACGAAUUUUAUAAUUCCGCAAACAUUCCUUUAACCUCCACAUGGCUAUUUUUCUGACUUCACGUCACAAGAAAAGGCCACAUGUUAUACUCCAUCAAUAAAGAAAAUUAUGUGUUGAAAUACAACAUUGUUACAAAUACAUGGAUUCCUUUGGCUAAUUAA